AUACUGGCAGUCCGCCAUUCUGGCAUUGGCAACCGUGCCGCGUCUGCCUUUGAGUGAAAGGAACAGAGUUUCGGUCUGCGUCUGCCUCUCGGUAGGGUGAAAUGAGAAUGCGGAGUGCGCUUCGAUUUGUUCGUGAGUCGCAGGAAAGCUACUCGGCAUAUUUUAUUUAACAAGUACCUACAAUAAUAUUGUGAUUUGCAUAAUUAAACUAUCGAUAACCAGUUUGAUAAAACAUGUGAGACAAAGUGACUUUUAGUGUAAACGGUUGACUAUCGAUACAAUACGCUUAUUUGACAGCCCUCGCUCGUUUAUUUAGCCGGCCAUUUUGUAUUUUUCUGUUGAAGCGAAGUGACAGUGUGCUACGGAAGUUCGCGGAAAAUAAACUAUUUGCAUUUUUAUAGUUCUUGCGAUUGUUUUGUGAAUACCACAAAACGAACAUUGUGUAAAUUGACAUAGUGGAGUGACCGAAUGUACUAUUGUUUCUCUCUAUCGGAAUAACUUUGAGUGUUGAAUUGUGUCGUAAACUAAAGUGACCGAUUGUGCCGGAUUUUAAAUUGGAGAUUUGUUUGUACCUAUUUAUGAAGAAAAAUAUCAUGGAGUACACGCAAGAAUAGUUCGAAAUUUUGGAAUUAACUGGAUAAUGAAUGUAUUGUAGAUGAUGGGUACUAAGCAUGAGCCUGUAUUAUCUUCGCAGCCCGCAAACAAUGAAUCAGAUGACGAGGCGCCUGACUCCGCAGGCUCCGAGGCAGAGGAAGAAGAAGUAAAGCAACCGGCGAACAAUGUCGCCAAUAUAUUGAAGAGACUUCAGUCGUCUGGAGCUCUCAUAAAGAAGCCUAAACAAGAGUACCGAUGCUACACCUGUGACGAAGACUUCCGAGAUUGGGAGGAGUUAGAGAACCACAUUAUUCAGCACGUCUCCCUACCCUCCGUUGUUCUCGUCAAACUGCCAUCAGACGACGAAGAAGAGGGGGCUUCUGAAAAUGAAAACUGGUCCGAUGAAGAGGACGAGGCUCCCCCACCCAAAGUCCCACAAAAGGUCACACCGACAAAAAUCGAUAUAUCACAGCUACUCAAAAAGGGCAUCUCCGUCAAAAAGCCCGCUGACAAUGACAACAAAAACGAUGCAGCUCUAAGCAAACUUAGCGGACUGGGCUUCACUAUUAAAAAGGGCAAUACCCCAGUCAAAACUGAACCAGAAAAAGAAGCGAACACUGACGAUUUUAUGCAAAAACUUGGUAAACUUGGCGGCAUCAAACUGAAAUUAAAAUCAGACGGAAACAACUCCAACUCUUUCAAAGUGAUCAAUGGACUUAAAGAUUUUAAUGCCUCAGAUGACGAGGGACAAGAAAGCGGGAACGAUGACAGUAGAGAAGAUUUUGACGAAGAACCAGGAGAUAACGAAUCCGAUGGUGACAAUGAACGAAGUCCACCUAAUAUACGUAAGACAUCAGAAAGCGAUGACUCGGCAAAAUCUGCUAAAAUUAAACCGAAUUCAUUGAAAAAUUUACAAGGAGUGUCCAUAAAACAGAAGGAACCUCAAACGCCACUUAAAGUAACUGCACAGCAGAACAAGCCGCCAGGCCGGCCGGCAGUUAAACAAACUCCAAAAAGGGGUGCUAAUCUUCCAUUACCUGCCGCACAAGAGCGGGAAGUCUCUUCUACUAAGUCUGCUGGCAGCACUCCAAGUAGUGCGUCUACACCAGAGCGACGCGAGUCACAUUCAAGCAUGGACAACGUGGUCGUGAAGCAAGAAGUCGAGGCUGUUGAGACGCAGUCCUCGAACGUGCCUAUAUUCUCAACUCAACACCAAAUUAAAUCUGAAAGGGCAUCUCCGCCAGUGCCAACGGGCGAUGCGUCUACUCCAAUAUUAGCGAAGGUCAAGUCAGAACCGGACGCGUUAGCAUCACAUCAGAAUGCACCAAACAAUUCUGUGCCUAUGCCCCCCCUCCUACCAGUCACUAAAAAGGAGGAGCCUAGCUCAGUAACUGUUAUAGAAAUAAAUGGAGAUUCGAAUGAUGAAGACGAUGACUGCUGUGUGGUUUCUGCUACACCAGCGCCUGACGUUAAGCCCGUGGUACCGAAGACGGAAAACCCGCCCGUGUCGUACCCUCCACCCACGUACCCUACCACACAAGCUAGUAGUUACAGUUCUUCUACCAUGCUCAACACUCGCCUGACUGCGCCCUCACUGGAGAAACAACAUAAUUUCAAUUGGAACGCACCAGAUUCUAAACCACCAAUAGACAUGCUUGAGAAAAGUGCCGAUGACAUUUUCAACAGCUUACUAACAUCAAGCUCCGCUAAGAAGGAAGGCAUGUCUAUAUCAGACGCUAGUGAAUACAUAUCAUUAGAUACGCUAGGACCUCAACACUCGUGUGACGUGUGUAACACUAGGUUUACUGAUAUAGGGCUGUUGGAUGACCAUAGGAGGAUCACAGGGCACACAAAGACUCUGGCGCUUCCGUCUUCCAGCUCCACACUUAUGCCUUAUAGUUCUAGUUCUAAUAUUCUCUCCAGCAUACUACCAGUGAAGCAACUAGCUGACCAAGUUGGAAAGCUUUCUACCAUCAGUGGAAGUGGUCCAGGAUUCACUCAUCAACAAAAUGUCAUGAUCAAUAUUCAGGCGUACCCGGGAGCCGGUGGCAUGAUGAUGAAUCCGCAAGGUGGAUACAAUUCUUACCCGCCUGCACAGAACGUACAACCUGAUUACGGUAACAACAUGUAUGGACAACCGCAACAAAUGCCGGGCCAGUAUCCUGGACAGAAUUAUAUGGGUCAGCAAAACUAUGGCCAGUUCCAACAGCCAAUGAAUAAACCAGGGCCUUAUCCAAAUACCAUGCAACAAGGGCAAUUCCCACCCUCGUCAUCGCCGUACUCUACGGCAACUCCACUGCAGGGUAUGCAACAAGCUGUUUACGGUCAAGCUCCUAGUGGCGGGAUGAAUGUUCAGCUGGGGCAACCAUUGGGACAAAUGGGUCCCCCAGGUUCGCCAUACGUUCCGACAUCGAGCCCCGGAGGAGCUAUGAAACCACCUUCAGGGGGUGUUAAGAUUCAGAACGUGCAAACCUUCCCUCCUGGACAGCCAGUAGGCAUGCCGGGAUCAGAGCAGAUGGCCGGGCCUCCCGCACCACCCGGCCCUAUUGUAGUCGGACAGAUGCCUGGACAAACUCAAAUCAGAAUGGCUCCGGGUGCCAAUAUCACAAGACCACGAAUGGCCGCUCCUAGAGGGCCACGGCCUGGAAUACGGCCGGGUAUUCAGGUACACGCACAGGUCCGUGGACAAAAGGCAGGAGUACGAAUGCCAAUGAAGAGACCGCCUGCGCAAAUGGCAGGCGGGCCGGGUCAGAAGCGACGGACAGACAUGUUGCUGCCUGGUAAACAUGACAACGAGGAUUGUCAGGUGAUGGCUAUGCAGAAACAAAGGGAGGGAUUGCCAAUGAUACAUAGUGUACAAGGAGCCAAAGAUAAGUUCAACUUAGGCAGUCAAAUAUCUAUUACGAAGAAGACGGUGAACAAAGAAGCUAACGCGAUGGCUAAUGUGUUAGCGUCGCGAGGGAUAAGUGUGAAACAGAAGCAGAAGAGUCGCUCGCCGACACCAGAGCGUCCUGCGCCUUACAUACCGAACCUAGGCGCCGGCGUUAGUAUAAAACAUACGUCGAAAUCAAGUAACUUUUCGAUACCAGAGGCGAAGGUCGGCGGCGGUAUGAUGGCCUGUAAGAUUUGCAAGAAAAUGUUCAUGAACCAUAAUUCACUCGCAGUGCACAUGUCGAAUGCGCAUCCGCAGAGUAAAGUGCCCGUGUUUAAAUGUGACGAAUGUCCCGCCUCGUACCCGAAGUCGUUGCAGCUGCAGCAUCAUAAACGGGUGUUCCACAAUGUGACUGGUCCUAACAGGGAGCUGGGUCUGCCUGUGGUGGACCUCUCGCAGGAAGACAACUUGAAGCGGUUGAGUAAUUUAGGAAUAUAUAGUUUUAUACCGUUAGCGAAUAGGGAGCAAGCGGGCGGCUGCUUCGGUAUACCAGUAAUCUCAGUGCAUAAUGUACAGAACGGUACUUCAAUGAGUUUGCAAGCUCUAGGAGCUGAUGGACUACUUAGCUUAGGACCUCUAAAACCUUUACCAAAUUCAUAGACGUAAACAAAUGUGAAGUGUGAACUGUGCGAUUGAAACUGUGAUUUAAUAAUUUUUGUGUAGAAACUGAACUUCAGUAUGAAGCUAGAAGUGUUAAAAAUUGUGGGUUUUCAGUGAAACUUGAAGGAUUGAUAUUUUGUUUUAUAAGAGUGAAUUUAUUUAUGUUACAAUAUAAUAUUUUUUCACGCAAGUACAUUAUAAUGAUAUUACAUAUAGCAAUGUAGCAUGCUUAUUAACUUGUUAUAUAGAUACCAGAUAUACCUAUAUAUUUAUAAACAAUUAUGUAACGCUGUAAUUGAAUCGUAAUGACAAUGGCACUCCAUAUUAAAAUUAUGCAAAAGACAGACUUGUCUUAAAUCCAACACAAGGAAUAUAUACCAUAAAACAUUAACAAUAAGAAACAUUUUGUUGUAAGCAGUUAAUAUGAAACUUUUCUAUAAGUUUAUUUCAUAUCAGAGACUAUGAUGUACCCAGUUUUUUAAAUGAAUUUGUUACCUUGCUAAGAACUUAGUACCAGUUUGUUUUAAGUUCAACGAGACCGCAUUCGGCGCUCUGAUUGGCCGGCUCCAUGUAACAACCAAUCAAACCGCCGAAUGCGGUCUCGUUCGAUGUCGUUCAAUUUACCCGUCGAAAAUGGUCAUCAUAAUUUUAUUAUAACUUUCGUAGGACAUAAUACAUUCAUUAUUAUGUUAUCGGCUUACACAUGUAACUGUUUGACGAGAAACUCGACUAGUUUCAAGCCAUACUCGAGCCUCAUAUUCAUGAACAGUAUUCUGCGAUAAUCGCUGCGUCAUACAGUUACGUCAAUAAGCCUAUAACAACAUAAUAAUCAAUGGUCUUCAUAGUCUCUGAUACAAAGAAAUAAACUCUUCAGAUUUAUUUGCAAACAUACUCUUUUUGUUCAUUUCGGUGUUGGUAGUAAGACUGCUGACAUAAUACCUAUAAAUAUACAUAAAAUUAAUAAUAAGUUUCAUAUAACGGCCCCUACUUUUUCAAUGUACAUUCAUUGUCAAAGAAUAUCAUGCAUUUCUUAGUAAUUAGUUUAAUGACAUUUUUAUUUUGUUUUGGCCAGUACUCUACAGUUAUUUUUGAUAGCAACAGUUUAGUCAUAUAGGACUCAUAUGUUACAUGAGCUAGCAUCAUCUGUGAACUGUAGUCUUCAUUGCUACAAGGCUGUCAUUAGAAUAACUUAACUGCAAUAAUCACCUAAAGAUAAAUAUUCAAUUGCAUGUUUUUCUUAAGCCAAGAUUAAUGUGAAAGUUUGUGAACAAACCACUAUACUAAUACUACAUUACCACAUCAAAUAGCCUUUAUCUUAUUUUCUAUACUUGUCAUUUUGCUAUCAAAUAGGCAGCCUAUUAAUGAAAUAGGCAGGAGUGUGACCGCUCGGGCUAUUUUAUUCAGUCACAAAUGAUUUUGACUUUUCAAGACAAUUAAAUGCCCAAUGUCUUGUACAACAACUUUAAUAAUAAAAUUCUUUGCGAUUACGCUAGUAAGUAAGUAUAUUUUCUAGCGAAAUACGUACGUUCUACCAUGGUUUUGUUUACAUGGAUUUGUUUACAAACGUGUCACAUAGAUUUUGGCUUAAGUAUACUCGAAUAUAAUUAAAUUUCAAAUGUGUAAAGGUUUGAUGUCGACUUACUCAGUCGGCUGCAGUCUUAUUAAAUCAAAUUUUAUCAAUUUUGACUGUAAUAAUAUUUUAUAUAAGGAGCUUUAAAGUAUCUGCCACGGCUUUAAUUGGAGGUAGUGUUGUGUUUGAAGAUUUCAAAAGUACAUAUAAAUUAUUAAAACACAACACUACAUCCCAUUAAAGCUGUGGCAGAUAAUUUUAGAACACUUUAUAUUUUCUAAAGCAGGACUUUAACAUCAGAUCAUGUUUCUUAUGAUUCUAAUCAGUUAAUCAUACAAUUAAAUAUCUUAUUUGGCCCUUGAUUAUAUUUUUGCAAGCAUGCAUUAUAAAAAUAAUUAUAUGUGGGUUACCUUUUAAAAUUGUGUUCCAAAUUUUAUGUACUUACUAUAUUAUAUUAUGUUUGAAAAAUAUAAAUAACUAUUAUGUUUUUGAUUCGAAAAAAAAAUCUGUACAAAUUCAAUUUUGAGUGUCAAUGACUGGAUGCCUCCUUUAAGCUCAAUUGUGAAAAGGUGAUCAUGCAAAACAAUUCCUUAUAUCAAUAUUAUAACUUUCGUGAGACAUACUAAGUUAAUUAUUAUGUUUUUUGGCUUACUCACGUAAAUAUUUGACGAGACACUCGACUAGUUUCAAGCGCUGCUACGCGUUAGUCGCAUGGCUAGCAUGGCUUGAAACUAGUCGAGUUUCUUAUAUCAAAUUUAAAUAGAGUUGUUUUUCUAAAUUACCAAAAUGUCGGCCAAAGGUGUUUGAAUUUUGGCUUCAAUUAUUGUUUGUAGGUGGCCUUAUGAUUUUGAGAUUAUUAAGUUGUGGUGCAAUGAUCUUUUUUUUACGGCCAGUCUUAAGCCCGAAUACUGAAACGCUACUCAAUUUUAAGUUGUACUUAAAUAUCGUGCUAUCUCUGUCAUUUUAUAAAGAAUUGAUAGCGACAGAACUAGUUUUGAGAGCGUCUUAAAAAUUGAGUAGCGUUUGAGUAUUCGGAUAUUAGUUAGCUAUUUAUUGGUAGAUUUGUUUGUUAAAGAUAGUAUUUUGACUCAUUUUGAUUGGAGCUUUAGUAAGCAAUUCUACUGAUAGAUAUGCUGUUACUAAGAUCGGCUGUUUGUCUGCGCCUUUAGUGAAAAUGCAUAGAUAUAUUUUAAAAUACUUUUGACUAAUAUUUUAUGUAUCGUCACGCCUUUUAUCCCCUAAAGGGUAGGCAGAGGUGCUCAUUAUGGCUCGUAAUGUCACUACAAUUUUUCCAUAUCAGAACUGUCAAAUGUCAAUUUUAUUCGAUGAAUAAGUUAUCUUUUCUGUACGAUUAACAUGAGUUUGCCAAACGCAGUCUCGUUCAACGUAGAGCAAACUCGUACUAAGGUUAAAAUUAAAAUAAAAUUGGCCCUAACUGCUACACUCAAAAACAUGAUUACUUACACUAUUCCUUAGUAAGGAUUUUGUAUCGAAAACAAUUGCUAAAGACUGGGUUAAGUAACCAUUAAACGUCUCUGGGUACGGCGAUAACUUUGUGUGAUUUAUAAAAAAUAUUAAUGUACUAAAGUUUUCACAUAAGGCGCAGAUUGAAAUAUAGUUUCUAAUUAAACCGUGUAAUAUCUACACAAGAGAAAGAAUAUUAUGUUUUUGCUUUGUAAAAAUGCGCGUUCUUUGUGCAUUAACUAAUAUAAAACUAGUAUAAGCAGAGAAAUAUUUUUAAGUUAAACUGAAAUGUAGUGAUUGAAUGAAUGACAUUGUAUUUUGAGUUGUAUAUUUAAAAAUAUGACUAGUACUAGAUGUAAGAGAAACAGAUACGGAUGGUGAUUAAAAUACAUUUAUGAAUACUA